AACACAAAAAUGUUCUUCUCGCAGCAGUUCUUCUGUUCGGUCUAAACUCUGAACUGAAAUUCUCAUUUUCUUUCGUCUUCAUCUCUUUCGUCAGUCAAUCCAUUUCUCCAUAUGCUUCUCUAUUAGCAUGUUUCUUUGAAAUACAACUGCGGUUAUUAUUAGGGUUUUGAUCUUCGAUUCAUCAUUCCAAGAGACGGACCGGAAGAGUUCGUCCACCUCCCAUCGUUUCUCCCUGGCUUGCUGUUUGCGCAAUAAUCUUCAUCUAUCUGUUCUUCGGCUGCUAAAUCCUUCUGGAAAUCGAGAUUUUAAACCAGAGAUAUGGAAUCAGCGGAGGGGCUUAAUCACUUCAAAGUUGGGCUUCUUCCAACAGUGUUCUAUAUUCCCGACUUCAUAAGCGACGAAGAUGAGACUAUGAUUCUGGAUAAUAUUUAUAAAGCGCCUGCGUCAAAAUGGAAAUCCUUGAAGAACAGGAGGCUGCAAAAUUGGGGUGGCGUUGUGCAUGAAAAAGGUCUUCUUCCCCAAGAAUUGCCUAUAUGGCUGACGAAUAUCACCAAGAAGAUCUGUCAAGAAACAAAUCUAUACCCUGCACCCAUAAACCAUGUUCUUAUCAACGAAUACCGUCCUAAUCAAGGCAUAAUGCCACACCAAGAUGGGCCUGCUUACUUUCCUGUAGUAACAAUUCUGUCUCUCGGUUCUCCUGUCGUUAUGGACUUCACUCCCCAUUCGAGGUUGAAAUCAUGUCCAGACCAGUUGACGGAAAGCUUCGACGACAAGGAUUCUAAUGGAGCUUCUGAUGUCGAGACUCACCGCCCUUUCUCUAUCCUUCUAAUGCCUCGUAGUUUGCUCGUUUUUAAGGAUGAAGCUUAUUCAGGUUACUUGCAUGGUAUCAGUGACAAUAGUCUUCAAUGUUAUGAACAGGCAGUGAACAAAAGUGAAGUUCGUAACUGUCUAUUAAAAACUGAAAAUCCAACCGUUGAAGUGAACUGCAAUCAUAGUUCUUUCGAGAGAACGAAUAAUCGGCUUUCGUUGACAUGUCGACUCGUACCAAAGGUUCACAAGCAUUUGUUCAGGCGUUGAACGGCUCUUGAAGAAACUUUUGGUUUGUACAAUAUCAUCCUAGGUACGCUAACUAUUGGUUUAUGAUUUUAUAGUUUAAUAAUACGAGGUAAAGGAUUCAAAUUUUUAUUUUGCA